AUGGCUGUUGCAUCUACAUUUAUCCACAACAACCUUGAACUUAUGAACCGUAAUACCGCCACUUCGGUCAAUCCAACCAACAAGUUGGUUAACAUGCAUAUUACUGCACACGGUAGUGAUUGGUUAUGGGCUGCAUUCUCGGUGUUUCUUUUGUUAACCAUCAUUCACUUGCUUCUUUUCUUGUACGGUCUUCUCAAAAGACCAGGUCUUAAAAACUCAUUGUUGGUACUUCCAUUAUUUACCAAUGCUGUUUUUUCCGUGGGUUAUUUUACUUACGCAUCAAACUUGGGUUAUGCAUGGCAAGCAGUUGAAUUCCAUCAUGCUGGUACUGGGUUGAGACAAAUCUUCUACGCCAAGUUCAUUGCUUGGUUUGUUGGUUGGCCUGCUGUUUUGGCUCUUUACGAGAUUGUUACUAGCACUGUUCUUGACAGAAUUGAAGAAAAUCCAAACAUUUUCAAAAAAUUCUUUUUGAUUUUCCAAACUUGGUUAGUUAAAUUUAUUUUUGUUGAGAUCUACGUGUUAGGUUUGUUAAUUGGUUCCAUUAUCUUCUCUACUUAUAAGUUUGGUUACUUUACUUUUGCUGUCUUUUUCCAAUUGUUGCUUAUGGUAUGGGUAGGAAGAGAUCUUCAUAAAUCUUUCAGAUCACCAUCCCAUUCUAACAUUGCUAACUUCUUCCUUAUUUUCUACUAUCUUGUUUGGAUUUUGUAUCCAGUUGCUUGGGGUUUGAGUGAAGGUGGUAACGUUAUUCAACCAGAUUCUGAAGCUGUUUUCUACGGUAUUUUGGAUUUGAUCACUUUCGGUCUUAUGCCAACCAUUUUGAUCUUUUUCGCCAUGAAAGGUUGUGAUGAAGAAUUCUUCAGUAAACUUUGGCAAUAUCAUGUUAAGGCUGAAUCUGAAGCAAUUCAAGAAAAUGAAAAAAUCGUUGCUGAAACUCCUUCAACUGAAGCUGGUGUUGUUGACGCUGAAGUCGAAAAUGAAGCUCAUGUCUAG